AUGUCAUCUUCCCAACAGAUUCAAUUAGACAUACAUACUAGUCAAAUCCAGCUACCGCAAUCCAUCCAUGCCAUGGCCAAGCACAUUCCGAGGUUUUCUGAGCUUCCUUGGUUCGGCUGUGAUGAUGACCUCUCGGCACCAAUCAUAUCUGCAGAGUCCAUGACUGACAGUCCUGCCAACAAUUUCAUUCAAAUGCACCAGCAAAUCGAAGACUUGCAAAGCACGGUCAAUGAUCUUUUAGACAAGAACAAGGCCCUCAACCUGCAACUAGCGACAAAGAUUGAAGAAUCGAUUUCCAGGCUACAGAAAAUCUGCAAAAUGAAUAUUGAUAUGCAAGCAAGUCUAAACGAAAAAAAGACAAUGGUAGAUGAACUUGAUAAGCUGCGAGCGCAGAGUGUCGGGCAUCCGCUAGGAAUGCUAGAAACAACACCAAGAGGGAUCUGGAUUAGCAAACUUCUAUCGAGAUCACAGUCUAUUGAUGGCAAUCACAACGCACUCCAAGGAGAUGGAUUAUAUGAUUCCGAAAUCGAGAAUGCGGCGUCUGAUGUAAAGAGUCCUUUGGACACUAUCCUCAGUGCUGAUGAGGCCCGAUGUCUGUUUGACUCCUUUGAAGAGUGCUUUGACGAGCAAGACCUGGAUUCAUUAUCAUUGCGCCAUUGCGCUGUUUGUCACAAGAUGAGAUUCGAACAAGCCAACCCCAAUAGUUUAUACCCUUUCGUCGACGAGUUCCCCACGAGUCUCCCACGGCCUAUCACCUGCAGUACCUCUAUCUGCUUGGUCUGCUAUCUUGGAUCUGUUGUCAAGUCUAUACAGGGACUACCUGAAACUUGGUGGGAAACUUCAGGGUCAACAAUUCCAAUGCGAUGUCCUUGCGGUGCCUGUUCGGCUGAUAUCGCUUUCCAGGAUCGUGGGGCUUUACAGAGACUAUUUAAACUCACGAAAGUCCAGGAUAGAGACGAAAAAAUGACAAUAUAUGAUACAGCACAGCAUCUUGUGUCAAUGCUCGACAGCCUUGAUCCGCAGCCAACUUUAGAAGCACGUCAGGCCGCCAAGCGCCUCCACCAACAUCUUACUUCCAAUGGUGUUAUGGAACCAUUAUUCGGCCUUGCGAUAUCAGAACUUCAGACCCUAGAAGAGGGUGUACCACACAAUGUGAACUCCAAACGCCUUCAGCUUCUCGAGCUGACUGGUACUGACGAGAUAUUGCGUGUCCCUAUCUUCACACAACUUCUGCGACGAGAACAGUCUCCAGUUGAAUGUUCGAUCUGCGCUGAGCCUAUCUAUGAUUUAAUUGGUGAAGCCUUCACAAAAUGGGAUACCAUUUGCGGUGAUUUUGAUGGGGACUGGAAGUGGAAGGUUCUUCCUUUUCCCCGCAAGCUUGAACAGAGGUGUACUCAUACCGUUGACUUCUGCAGGGGGUGCUUGGAGAACUAUAUUGAGGGUCAGCUUGAUCAACAUGGGAGAGCUGGAUGUCAUUCACUUGCUUGCCCUUCUUUCAAUUGCGGUCGGCGACUUGAAUACGACGAGGUGAAACUAUAUGCGCGACAAGAGACAUUUUCAAAAUACGAUGACUACUUGAAGCUAGAGGCCUUGAGCAACCUGCCUUCUUUUCGAUGGUGUCUUGCCGAGAAUUGUUCCUAUGGACAGAUACAUGACCUAAUCGAGAGUAACCACGUCUCAUGUAAGGAAUGCGGUUACGAGAUGUGCUUCCAACACCAGGUCAAAUGGCAUGUUGACUUGACAUGCGAAGAGUUUGAUAGCAUGCAGGAGAAUGGAGACCCUCGGUUCCGUGAAACUCAAGACUGGGUAAAUGCCAACACAAAGAAGUGCCCCUCAUGCGGAGUCAAUACACAGAAAGGCCCGGGUUGCUUCCACAUGACUUGUGAGUCACCUCACCAGUAG